AGAAUUUUAUUAAUUUAGAUAAAUUUAAAACCUAUUGUGCAUAUAAUCAUCGUGACUUUUUAUCAUCCGAGAGGAGAGUUCCUUAACAUUUUUGAAUAAUUAUUUUCUUAUAAUAUUUUUUGCUCUUACAGGAUCUGUCAAGUCAUGUGACCGCAAAAAAAGAUCCCCUGCAGUAUAUGAAUUUGCCAACUUCAUUCAAUUUCUGGCAUGACUAGCUGAUGUUGCUACUGCGACUGUUGCUGCUGUGGCUGGUGUUGCUGUUAGCCGUGUUGCUGAUGAGCCAUGGCAACAAGCUGUUGCUGCCAUGAGUUGGCAAAAGACUUCGCCUUGAGUCUGCCAACGCAAUAAAGCAAUAUUGAAAUUGCUUUUGGCAAACACUCAAUUGAAAAGGACCUAUUGAAUUGCCCACCCAAUGAACUCGUAACCCAAAGUGCAACAUAGUUGUGGGAAAUUGUGUGGAAUAACUUCAUGUCAGAGAAAUAAAUAUGUGAGCAGAAACACUGGCUCAUUUAAAUCAAAUUCCCACAGGCAACAUCAAUUAUGUGGAGCAGCAACAAGUGCCUGGCUGUAGGAUCCCCCUUUUCUCCAUUCCUGUGGAAAAUUGCCUCCGGUGCGACAGCAGCAACAACUUCAAUGCAUUUUUAGCCUCUUUUUUCGCUACCUUUUUACACAAUUUACAUUUUUUGCAACUUUGCAUGCAAUGGGCGUGAUUAACAACUUCCCUUUUUGGCCGAGAAGUGAAGUGGAUGAAGGCAAAUUGCCUUGAUUCACUUGGUUAGGCAUUGAAAUUGACACUUUCGAGGCAACCUGGCUAAAACGAUAAUUGCCCGACAGCGAAGGCAAAAAGAGACUACGCUAUGCGUAAUGGAAUUAAUGAUUGGCACACGGAUUGUUAUGAAAGUCUGCAUCCCAACAUGGUAAAAUAAAGUCUUAGAUUACAAAACAAUAACUGGAAGGAAGUGAGUCAAUGGGAGUGGUUAACUUGUGGGUUUUCUUUGAUUGAUUUUUUUGUAUUUUAUUAAACGUGACUGGUCAGGCACUUACAAAUCACAUCAUAGUUGGAUUAAUCUUAUAUAAACUGUAUUAACCGCAAUCAAAUCUGUUUACUUGCUUCCCACUAUGUCUAUUUAUACUUUUCUAUUAGAGCUAAUCUACAUAAAGUUAGGUUAUUGUUUACUUCUAAUUAUCUAUCGAAAUAUUAUAUUUUUUAUUUGGCACCUAACUUAAUCUGUUGUCAAGCAUUCACCUUAUAUUCUACCCGGAGAUGCGUAACCGCCUUGCAAAACAUUGCCCUAAGUUCCAUUGAUAAUGUUUCCAAUCAAAAUCCAUUGAAACAAAGCUUAUGACGCUGCGAUUUUAUAAAGUCUAUUCUUAUCAACCAAUAUAAUAAAUCAGGGAACAUUUGUCGGAGAGGAAAAAAUAUAUAAUAAAAGAAGUGAAUGCAGAAAGAUUGUUGCAUCUUCAACAGAUGAACAGAACAAUGAGGGAUUACAAUAUAUUAAAGGUAAAGAAUAGUUAAUGCCACUUAAUUUGUUUCCAUAUUUCAGAUUCGCGCAAAUUUCUUACGAUUCAAUUUUACCAUUUAUUUUAAAAAUGUCAAAAAAUAAAAUAGCCUUUUAGACAGCCGAGGCUCUUGUUAGUCUUAUAUACCCCUCUGAACAUGGGUAUAUUUUUGGGUACAAAAACUUGCCCCAGACUUUGAUAAUAACAUGGUACAGCCCUGCGGCUGUAUAAAUUACUAUCAGGACGCUCGGCCAUAAAGAGAGACAGGGAGAUAACUGGCCCAGUAUGUGAUAGCAUGCCUGGAAUUUUUUUCGUUUUUUUUUCUCCCGAUUAUGUUCGAAUUUCGCUUUUGUUAUUUUGGUCAGGCAAGAUUGACUUGCAGUUGUCAGUGGCCAGACAAGAAGAGCGUGGGACUGCCAACUCGCAGUAAUUAUCUGCCAUCGGGGCAGACGUCCUCAGAAUCGGCUUUAGUUUUUCAGUGCCAGCAGUCUGUCAAGGCCCGUUGUCGUCGCAACAUCUACGACAUAAUGUGGUUGCUCCUGCCUAUUCUGCUGUAUUCGGUGGUAUUCCUCUACGUGCGGCACAUUUACAGCCACUGGCGGCGCAGGGGAUUCCCCUCGGAAAAGGCCGGGAUCACAUGGAGUUUCCUGCAUCAGGCAUAUAGACGGGAAUUCCGACACGUGGAGGCCAUCUGCGAGGCCUACCAGGCGGGCAGGGAUCGUCUGCUGGGCAUCUACUGCUUCUUCAGGCCCGUCCUUCUGGUGCGAAAUGUGGAGCUGGCCCAGACGAUUCUGCAGCAAUCGAAUGGACACUUCAACGAACUCAAAUGGGACUAUGUCAAGGGUUAUCGACGGUUCAAUCUGCUGGAGAAACUGGCGCCAGUCUUUAGUGCUAAACGAUUGUCGGAGAUGUUCGGGCAGGUCCAGAAAGUGGGCGAUCAUUUGAUUCACCACUUGAUGGACAAGGAACAACUACAAGGAGGUCAUUUGGAAGUGGAUCUACAGCAGAUAUUGCGAAUUUAUUCCAUUAACAUUAUUGGUAAUCUCAUUUAUGGUGUGGAUGUCAACAACUUUGAGCAAAAGGAUCACAUCCUGACCAGCUACCUGAGUCAUAGUCAGGCAUCUUUUCAAUCCUUCACAUUGAGUCGCCUGCCUCAGAAAUCUUCAUUUACCUAUCGCUUAAGGGAUCUCAUAAAACAAAGUGUCGAAUUACGCGAAGAUCAUGGACUGAUACGAAAGGAUAUUCUUCAAUUACUAGUUAGAUUCAGAAAUGGCAAUGAAGUUGGUGGCGAUAAUUGGCAGCUGGAAACAAAUAAUGAUCCAGACAAACUUUUGUCCAUCAAACGCUUGGCUAAAGUGGCCGAGGACCUUUUAAAAGUAUCCCUAAAUGCCGUGGCCUCCACUAUCACCUUUACGCUUUUUGAAAUCCUUCAAGAACCAUUAAUAGUAGAGAAACUUCAAGCUGAAAUUAAGGAACUAAGCAAUGAAAAUGGGCAGCUUAAGUUUGAAGAACUGGAUAGCCUUAAAUAUAUGGAAAUGUGUCUGAAAGAAACUGUUCGCAAAUACCCGCCUUUACCCAUUAUUGAACGCAUUUGCCGUAAAAGUUAUUCACUGCCCAAUUCGAAAUUUAUAAUAGACGAAGGAAAGACAUUAAUGGUUCCUUUGCUGGCGAUACACAGAGAUGAAAAGUAUUUCAGUGAACCAAUGAAAUAUAAACCUCUUCGAUUUCUGCAAUCUGAAAAUGAUGUGGGACAAUGCAAAGAUAAAACUAAGACCAACGCUUUCAUAGGAUUUGGGAUUGGCGGUGCUCAUUGUGUCGGUCAGAACUUUGCCAAGUUGGUAAUUAAAGUGGCUCUGAUCAAACUUCUGCAAAACUUUCACAUGGAAUUGUAUCCCAACUUAACUGAAACCCUUGAAGUUUCUCAUCAACCAGCUCCCUUUAUACACACAAAAGAUGGACUAAAAGUCAAAUUGAAGAGACGCGAAAUAAAACCGAAAUUUUAUCGUUAAACUAAGGUAGGGUAGGUAUGCUCUUUAAGCUGUUAAGUCCUUUAAUUUGUGCAUCUUUUUCAACACUUUGUCGUCUGUACGCGACACCUGAAAUUAUGCUAUAAAUAAAAUUCAGUAUAUUAUGGACACAG